AUGGCUGCGCUGAGGGCGGGGCGGGGUGCAGGCUGGAGCCUUCGGGGAUGGCGGGCUUUGGGGGGAUUUCGCUGGGGGAAAGCGCCCCUGUUGACCCCUGACCUCCGGGCGCUGCUGACGUCAGGAACUCCUCGGGCCCGAGUGACUUAUGGGACCCCCAGUCCCCGGGCCCGGUUCUCCGUGGGGGUCCCUGGACCACGAACGUGUCUGACGUCGGGGGCUCCGGAGUCCCGAGCGCGGCUGACUGCGGGCGCCCCGGAUCCUCAGACCCGGGAGGAGGCCUCGGGGGCUCCUGGGCCCCCGCCGCGCGCCUGGCUGGCUGUGGCCCUGGGCGCUGGGGGGGCUGUGCUGCUGCUGUUGUGGGGCGGGGGGCGGGGUCCCCCGGCCGUCUUUGCCUCGGUCCUGAGCCCGCCGCCCACCUCUCCCCGGAGCCAGUACAACUUCAUCGCGGACGUGGUGGAGAAGACCGCACCUGCGGUCGUUUAUAUCGAGAUCCUGGGCCGACACCCCUUUUCUGGCCGCGAGGUCCCUAUCUCCAAUGGCUCGGGAUUCGUGGUGGCCUCGGACGGGCUCAUUGUGACCAACGCCCACGUGGUGGCCGACCGGCGCCGAGUUCGUGUGAGGCUGCCCAGCGGCGCCACCUACGAGGCCAUGGUCACCGCCGUGGAUCCGGUGGCAGACAUCGCCACGCUGAGGAUCCAGACCAAGGAACCUCUCCCCACUCUGCCCCUGGGACGCUCAGCCGACGUCAGGCAAGGGGAGUUUGUUGUUGCCAUGGGAAGUCCCUUUGCCCUGCAGAACACCAUCACGUCCGGCAUCGUCAGCUCUGUGCAGCGUCCAGCCAAAGAGCUAGGCCUCCCCCAGAACAACGUGGAAUACAUCCAGACCGAUGCCGCCAUUGAUUUUGGAAAUUCUGGAGGUCCCCUGGUUAACCUGGAUGGGGAGGUGAUUGGCGUGAAUACCAUGAAAGUCACAGCUGGGAUUUCCUUUGCCAUCCCUUCUGAUCGCCUUCGAGAGUUUCUACAUCGUGGGGAAAAGAAGAACUCCUGGUUUGGAACCAGUGGGUCCAAGCGCCGCUACAUUGGGGUGAUGAUGCUGACCCUGACUCCCAGCAUCCUUGCUGAACUACAGCUUCGAGAACCAAGCUUUCCUGACGUCCAGCAUGGCGUGCUCAUCCAUAAAGUCAUCCUGGACUCCCCUGCACACCGGGCUGGUCUGCGGCCAGGGGAUGUGAUCUUGGCCAUCGGGGAGCAGGUGGUACAAAAUGCUGAAGAUAUUUAUGAAGCUGUUCGAACCCAGUCCCAGCUGGCAGUGCGGAUCCGGCGGGGACCAGAAACACUGACUUUAUAUGUGACCCCUGAAAUCACAGAAUGA